GGAAAAUGUUCCUCAGUUUAUCUUAUUUUUUCUUCCAACUUAUACCUGCUCAUCAUCCUUUGACAGAGCAGACUGAAUGAAACAAAACAUACUAUUGUUUUAAAACCUGUAAAAUUCUUUUAUGAAAUACACACUGCAUCGAUUUUUAGCUUUCCGGGAACUCCCUUCAGAUUCUUAACACUUGAUAUUUGGAAGAAGCACUCAGGUGGACACAGUAGAAAAAAGAGGCAGGCCAAUCAGAUCGCGUCUUCCCCCUUUGGCCAAUGACAGGCGCCACAUUGUUGUCAAAUUUGUCUAAUGAAAACGUAGGAGCAACAAUAGAGAGGGGGGAGAGAGAGAUCUGUAUCCACUGACAAUCUCUGGAGGAAGUUAGUGUCUCAGGCUGCAGCGAGUAACAAGCUCGGCUCCUCCCGGACACUUUAAACUUUCUGUUGGGGAGGACUGAUCGCUGCUCUCCUGCUCUACUCGGAUCUAAACUCCGCACUAUCUUCAUCUUUGUCUUUUUUCCCCCUGUUGAAUCCCUCAACAAUUUCCUCAAGAGUAUUUUUCCUCAAGAUCGCCUCGCCAGUGGUUGUUUUCACCUGUUGCAAGAUGUUGACAACCGCUGUGCAGAUGUGAGCGUCUUCAACUUCUUUACACUGAAAGUCUCGUUUUCAGCAGCGCAGUUUUCUCGGUAAGAUUUCAGUCAUACUAGUGCGUAUUGUUGGCAUGGAUCUGAGACCGGAGCUCCCUACGGUGUCCUCGGCUUCCCAAGUCCACCCAGGGGCUGCCGCGGCGGCGGCGGCUGCAGCAGCCUCCAUCCCCGUGUCUAUGGCCGGCAACCUGCUGCGUGGGCCUCCGCUGCUGCUGCGGGCCGCGGACAAAUACCCGCGCACCCCGAAGUGUGCCCGCUGCAGGAACCACGGGGUGGUGUCCGCGCUCAAGGGCCACAAGCGCUACUGCCGCUGGAAGGACUGCAUGUGCGCCAAGUGCACGCUGAUCGCCGAGAGGCAGCGCGUGAUGGCGGCGCAGGUGGCGCUCAGGCGGCAGCAGGCGCAGGAGGAGAACGAGGCGCGCGAGCUGCAGCUGCUCUACGGCACGGCGGAGGGACUCGCGCUGGCUGCUGCGAAUGGGAUCAUCCCACCGCGACCGAACUACGAGGUGUUUAGUUCUGUGGGCAGCGAGAGUAACUCAGGUGAGUGGAGCCGCUUUACGCAUGAAAGUGUAAGAGUUAAGAAGUACAACUGAGGUUCAUUAAAAAUCUGGAGGUGUCUCUAAAUUGAGGAAUAACUUACUUUGCAAUCAAGGUUUAAAAUUGCGUUUGGUUAAACUCUUCCUUCUCCACGUGGCUUGAUAUCAUAACUCUUCAUGAUCACAUCCUAAACACGCCUAGGUCCUUUUCAGCGAGUCUAAAAUUUGGAAAGGUUGUAGAAAAACAAAUGAUUUAUUUCUGGCUUAAUGUGAUCGAUAUUUGGUGAGUGUAUAAUGUGUUUUACUUCGAGACUUGCUUCUAGAAAUAGCGAUCGAGACUUCUUCAAAGUGAGAUGUGAGACAUUUCUAGAUUUCUUCGAGAUGCUCUGGUGUAAUGAUGACCUCUGGGUUCACUGUAUGAAUGACCUGGCCUGUUUUGCUCCCUACCUUACACUGUCUGUGAUGUUCUCUUGUGUCAACAGAUUCAAGUAUCCAGAAGUAUGAUCUGUUCCCAAAGAGCCAGCUCUCCGGCUCUAACACCCCUCAGCAGGCUGCGGGGAAAUCGGCCUCCACCGAGAGUGACUCUGCGCCCGGCAUCUCCUCCCCGGACGGCCGGCACGGAGGCUCGGGUUCAGAGAACGGAGACAGUGAGUCCUUCAUCAGCUCGCCGGUCUCUAAGCCUUUGAAAGAUGGAGGGGAAACCCCCGGCUCCGUCAGCUCCCUCGGCUCUGAUUCUGGCUCUGAGACCGACAAAGACGAACAGGAGCCGUCCCCGUCCUCCGCGGCCUCCCGCCACAUGAACGCCAUCGACAUCCUGACCCGGGUGUUCCCGAGCCACAAGCGGAGCGUGCUGGAGCUGGUGCUGCAAGGCUGCGGGAAGGACGUGGUGCAGGCCAUCGAGCAGAUUCUCACCAACAGCGGCGCUCAAACCUCCAACAAAGGCGGGCCGGACGAGACGUGGACAGCCGAGAGGAUGCUCCAAAACGCACAGCAGCCCCCACCAUCCUCCGCGUCCUCUACAACCCCGACCAGACCCAUGUUACCCGGCGCCAUGACGCUCAGCAAUCGCUCUGCAUUUUCUCCUCUCCAGCCCAACGCCCCGCACUUUGGAGCCGACCCUAGCACCUAUCCUCUGGGCACCCACCUGGGACUGAACCCGCUGCGGUUGGCCUACUCCGCGCACAGCCGGGGACUGGCUUUCAUGACGCCCUACUCAACCACUGGCCUGAUGCCCACUCUGGGCUUCAGACCCCCGAUGGACUACGCCUUCAGCGACCUGAUCAGGGACAGGACGAUGUUACAUAAGGAGCAGGGUUACGCCGGCGGCCUGUACGGGCCUCUGGUCAACAACACGCCGGAGAAGCAGUGAGGCUCCCGGACUGACCUUCUAGAGACACAUUCCUCUGUAUUUGUAGCCGCAAGUGUUGAAUGUUCUGGAGAAAAUCUGUCAUGUGUUUUGGCUGCAGGCUGCUGUAAAUAAUUAGAGUAUCCAGCUUGAAGUCAAAGGGUCUGAGAGGGGAGAAAAUCUAACCUCACUUUAAUGUGACAGUCUAAAAAAUAAUUUCUAUCUUUGACUGCAAAUGUUUGGAUGACAUUCCUCUCGUGAAAAAAAUAUUCCAGUGACAUAUAAGACCCCGAAAAGGUACUUUAAGAAUUAAAAACAAACCUUAAUGAGAAUAUAGGCAGGACUGACAUCAGAGCCUGUUUCAAGUUUUGGAGAUUUUGAAUAAAACAAAAUAAAAUCAUCAUUUUUUAAACCAAACUGUUUAAAAUUCAUUCACACACAUGGACUUUAAACGAGACAACACUAAGUUAUUAUAACCUGUAGCUUACGGAGUGUUAACACUAUCCUUCCUGAUGUAAAAGUUCCACUAAUACUGUGUAAAUGACAUCCCAUUUUUCCCCUCUGUAUUAUUUCACUCGUCUCACUUUUGUUUUUAGCUCGUUUCAGACUGCCUUGUAUUAUAACCGCAUUUGUUGAUAUAAAAUGCUAUACUAUGCUAUAUUUGACUUUUUCAGUUAUUCGUUAUAGUCAGUUAAAAUAUUUUGUGGCAAAGUGCUGGAUCGAGUCAGUUCCUCUUCAGAUGUUACAAGCUGUGCUGUCACAUUGUAUGAACAUGCUGGAAAUAAUAAAUGUUAUUUUAAAGAAAUGUGGACACGAAGGAUGAUGAGUAUUUCAUGUGCGCAACAACCUCAGUUUGGUAGACUAGGCCUGCUGUGUGUCAGGGUAGAUAUUUGUGUUAUUUAAUGAUAACAUGUUUU